UUCACUCAUCGUGUAUUUCAUGCUGAUCAUUUCAACCCGUGUGGUUGAUCUGUUCGGUAGUGAUUUGAAUCGUGUGUGAUUUAGUUGAUUCUAAGCUAAGAAUUUAAGAUUAACCUCGGAUGAUCUGGUAUCGUAAAUAUAAUACGGAGUUAUUAUUGUGCUCUUACAAAGAACAUGUAUACUGUAUCAAAAGGACCUAGCAAAAUUGUCGCUAAGACAAGAAGAGGAAUAAGUCAGAAUCUCGAGAGGUUAGAGACUUUGCGCGAUUUAACGAGAAAAGCAGAUCCUGACGAUGACCAUGAGAGCACCCGCCACGUACCAAAACCAGUGUUUCAUAUGAAUGGAAAAUCUAAACUAAGUUCACAGAGGCAUCAAAUACAGGAAGUUAUUACACCUCAACACGAGGAACUUAUUAAAUUUGUUUAUGAAUCAUGGAACCAAGUUAAUACACGGCAAAGAAGUGAAUCUUCCGAUGGUUCAGAUUGUUCAGAACCUUCUAGUCCAAACUCUAUAGUAUAUUAUAAUGAUGGUGAACCAAAUGAUACUCUUCAAGAUUUUAAACCAUUUGAUUUGGAAUCAUGGUGGGGUAAACGAUUAUUUAAUAAUAUCACAAAAUCACUUUGAGAAAGAAAGAAAUCUGUAAAAGAUAUAAAGAUAUAAAUUGAAGUAGAAUAGAAUGGCAAACAGUGCUAAAAAUUAGCCUGAUUUAUGUUUUAAAUAUAACAUGAAAACAGUGAAUAAUAUAUAAACUUAAAGUUUGAAAAUGAAUUUAAUUUGCAAAAUUCCAAAGAAUUGCAAUUGGUGAACAUAACUGGUUAUAUAAUUCAUACAUAAUGUAUUUGUUACAAUUAAUUAUAUAUGAAUUUUUUUGUGAAAUUGCAAAUGUGGUUUUUAGUACACGUGAGGCUUGAAGCUUUGAAUUGAAAUUUAUUCAUUGAAAGUUUUGUACACAAGCACAUAUAUAUUUCUACUAUUACUGUAUAAAAACCUGCAUGAAAUAGUGUUUCUAUAAAAGUUUUUAAAAAACUUAUGUUAAUUUGUUAUGAUUUGAUAUAUAUUUUUGUUGACAGUAUCAUAUAAUUUUUUUAUUGUUACUACAGCUUUUUAAAGCUGCUUGAAUUUUAAAGAGUAUACAAGUGUACAGAAACUUUCUUUAAAUGUAAAAAAUAAUAUAAAAUUCAAAUUAAAUCAUAAACGAAUUAAUGUAAUACAAUCGUCAUUUUCGUUUGUAGAUUUUUAAAAUAGUGCAGGUGAAGACAUAGUUCAUAAAUACAUACCAGAUAGGGUUAAGUAUACAUAAAGAUCCCUGCGUGGUAUGAAUGCAGCGUGAAAAUAAUGAAUUUUUAAUCUCAGAAUGGUGUACAUAUUACAUGCAUUGGUUGUGUGAAUGCAUGAUACAUUGCUGAUAUCGUUACGACAAUUGUAUCUAAAUACUUUUAUGUAAACAACCUUUAGUAUAACUUUGUAGACUGAUAAUGUUUAAGAUUGUUAUAUGAUUACUAGACAAAAUGAACUUUGUCAUCAAUGUAUUUGCAGGCUUUGCAUUCUAAAUCUUUAUCCUAUAUUGAUCUGAAAUAAAUUGUUUUAACUUCAAUUUCACUUAAGAAAUUAACCACGAAGAUCUUUAAAUGAAAUUUUUGGUAUUUUUAAAAGAGCAAAGCUUGCAGACGUAGUCGAAAUGUAGUGUAAUAUUUGGCCGUUUUAAGGCUGAAUUAUGCAGUUAUAAAUAAAUGCAUCUUUAUAUACAGCA